AUGGAUAACGUGGUUCCCUUCGUUCCUGACGGCGCUAGUCUUGCCGGAAAGACUGUGACCAUUACCGGCGGUGAGAAAGACUUAUGGUAUGAGACGGCUCGUCUGAUUAUCACCGUCGGCGACGAGGCUAUGGGCAAGGCGCCCUCACUGCUCUUCAAACCGACACUGAGGUCAACGCCAAUUCCACCGACGAAACUCGUGCAAAUACCGAGUGUGUUUAGCUAG